AUGGGUGUCUGCGUUACAAAAGAAAAUGGUCUGAGAGUAACUGUGUUAUUAACAUCAUCCCUGAUGGUAUUGGGAGCUGGCCUAAGAUGUGUUCCAGUUUCUGACCUAGAAAUAAGGAAGAAACUGAUUCACGGAGGACAGCUGUUAAACGGCUUGGCAGGGCCAACGGUGAUGAACGCCGCGCCGUUUCUUUCCACUACGUGGUUUUCUCCAGAUGAACGUGCCACGGCAACGGCCAUUGCGUCGCUGCUCAAUUACCUGGGUGCUGCCGGUGCGUUUUUGGUGGGACCUCUCGUCGUACCAUCUCCUAACGGAACAUCGCACCUCCUCCUUGUGUCGGGAAGCAACACUGAACACAUCAAGGACCGCAUUGAGGCUGUACUGUAUGCAGAAUUUGGAAUGGUUUCCUUGAUAUUUUCUGCAGCGUUGGCCUACUUCCCCUCACGCCCUCCAUUCCCUCCCAGCGUGGCUGCAGCUAGUCAACGGCUUAGCUACAGGAGAAGUUUUUGUAGACUCUUAAGCAAUUUCCGAUUCUUGAUGAUUGCUUUAGCUUAUGCUAUACCGUUGGGUGUUUUCUCUGGCUGGUCUGGUGUUCUGGAUUUGAUAUUAACACCAGUGCAUGUAAGCCAAGUAGAUGCAGGCUGGAUUGGAUUUUGGUCCAUAGUUGGAGGUUGCGUUGUUGGCAUAGCAAUGGCAAGAUUUGCGGAUUUUAUCAGGGGCAUGCUGAAAUUUAUACUGCUGCUGCUUUUAUCUGGAGCAACAUUAGCAUCAACCUGGUUCACGCUCACCUGUCUAAAUAGUGUCACUCAUCUGCCUUUAACCACAGCUACACUGUACACAUCCUGUAUUUUGCUGGGUAUAUUCCUGAACAGUAGCGUACCAAUAUUCUUUGAGCUCUUUGUGGAAACGGUCUACCCUGUUCCAGAAGGAAUUACCUGCGGAGUCGUUACCUUUUUGAGUAACAUAUUUAUGGGAGUGCUUUUGUUUUUCCUCACGUUUUACCAUACAGAGUUUUCCUGGUUCAACUGGUGCCUCCCAGGGUCGUGUUUGCUCAGUCUGCUCCUCAUUCUGUGCUUCCGGGAAUCCUACGACAGACUCUAUCUCGAUGUGGUUGUCUCUGUUUGAUAACACAGAACUGGUGAAGGUUUAGAAGAGACCCAAAGUCGGUUUUACAGUCUGCACAUCUGCCUGGAUUUGCACAGCACAGUAGAGGAAAAACAAAGAAAUUACAAGACUUAAGAGUGGCUUUAUUAGCAAGAACAAAGGAAAGGUGUUUUUUUUUUAUGUUCAAGAUCACCUUGAUUUGCGUUCAUUACAGGCAGAUAAAUGUGGAACUUGAGUGGCGAUGAAGAUACCUGAAAUGCACAAAUAGAAUAUAGCUGAUAUACAAGUUCUAAUGUCAGAACUUGGAUCCUUUAUUUAAAAGGCUAUUCAUGUAGCAGUGAAAUGUACAAUUUUUGUGUAUGUAUGUGAGUGUGCGCCAACUCAAGGUUGUAUUAGGUGUCUGUACACACCGAGGUACCAGUAACCUUUGAGUCUUCUAUCAGAAUAGGAAUAGUGAACAAUCUUUAACAAAAGAAAAGAAAAAGUCUUUUAAAAAAAAAAAUCUGUGUUUUAAAUUACUAGUCCUUUAUAUAACGAAUGUCCAUUAAAUAGUUAAGCUAAAAUAAUUUGGUGCUUGUACACUACAUUUACAUUCUAAUAAAGUUAUUUCUGAUAUAAGACACUGGUACCAGGGUUUUUAGCCAUGCUAAAUAUCCCAAACAAUCCUUGCAGUGUUGGUAGAGGUGUUUAAUUAUCACCCUGGAGCACGUAUGUGGUGAAUGAUAGCUUUAGCUGCCACUAAAACCUGACUCGCCCAGAUAGUAAGCAACCUCUGAAAUACCACCAUGGUUCUGCGUGUCCUGAGCAGAAGCCAUCUGUAGUAUCUCAGAAGUUGACUGCAGAGUCACGGUUGGUAAACGUUACUGUUUUAAAGGCCACCACUGUGUUACCCUUUCAUCCCCCAUCUCCAGUGCUACCUUUUUUUUUUUUUUUUUUUUUUUUGCCGUGAAGACCUGUUUAUGCCACUAAAUACUGUUGGUGUGGAUGUUUGAAUCCUGCUACUUCUCUUCUGAUACUCCAAGGUAUGCAUGUUUUUAGGAUUAGUUUACAACUGAGGGUGCCUAAACAAUAUAGUUUGUUAAUCCAAGUCUUGAAAAUCAGUUUUCUGAAAAAUUUUUCUAGUUAAUGAGGUGCCCCAGUGGCGAAAUGACAAUGAGUUUGACAGUGAGAAAUGACUUACUAGCUUUGGCAUAACAUGGGAAAUAUAAUGCCAACUCUUUUUAUCAGUACUAAUUUGUGGUCGUUCUCGCCCUUACUUGAACAUAAAUAUUGAAUACACUUUGAAUAGUUUUUAAUUCAAUUUUAAACCUGCUAAUAAUUUCUUAAUUAUAUUCUUAUAUUUCAGUUCGGCGUCAUUCACGGUAUUUCCAUUUGUGUGUUCUGUGCUUUGUGUUAAGACUUGUGUGUGUGCAUAUUUAUAUCUAUGUAUUCACAAAUAAAACUUAUAUAUAUUCUAUAUAUAUAAGUUAUAUAAGGGUAUGUGAUUACAUAGGUUUAUUUUAAGUAGUCAUGACUCUGGGUGGUGGUAUGCCACUGGUUGUAGCUAAACAAGUCACUGCUGUGAAUGAAGUUGAAUGCAUACACUGUCAGUGACAUGUUUUGUUGGUUUCUUCUCUUUUUCCAUGGGGUGAAUGCUUUCCUAACGUAGCUAUUUUAUAGCAAGAAAUGCAUGCACUUGUUUGAGGACGUUGGUUUGCGGUGAGCUGCUUCAGUAGAAGUUUGAAUCAAACACCCUUUGCUCCUAUGAGGGGCUCUUCUCUGCCACUUCUGAGUGACACGGUCUUUGUAAACUCGCUCCAAUAAACCUGGGCUGAGCGCCACCUUUCAGACGCGUAUCUAUUCGUUCUAUCUUCUCUCCUUUUGCAGAGAGAGUAUGUCGUAACUAUCUUCAACUCAGGAGUGUGCAGUAAAAUAAAAUAAGCUGUUCCGUGGCAUCUACUUUUAUGUUUUCAGAAGAAUGGCUGUAUUUGCUACAGUCAGGAACAGGAAAUUGGCUUAGCUUAUUGCCUGUAUCAGCCCCUAAAAGAUCUUUUCUCUCUUGAAACGGGCUCUUUGUAGACAAUAGAACUAACUUAUGUUGAGAUAACUAAAUCGAUCUAACCAGCACAUUCAAAAGUGCUGGCAUCAUCCUUUUAUCGUUUUUCAGAUGAAUGGUAUUAACUGUCCAACUUCUUUUUACUAUGCUUUAGUGUCUGGAAGAGUUUCAGUAUCCAGUAGCGGCUCCUACCUAUUAUCUUCUGCAAACCAGAACGGCUUGCCAAGGGUUUGAUUGGAGUGACAUUGUCAUGGCAGGACUGCAAACUUGGAUGGCUCUUCGGAGCUCUACUUCUGCAAUUUACUGUAGCUAUAUUAAGAUUAAAAUUGCGCAGCUCAGGCACUGUCCUGAGUGACAGAGAUUUCCGAUCCUUUCACUGUCCUGAGUAUUUUAAGAUGGAGAAGCACUUGAGGCCAUAUUCAGACUAUCACCUCCUGUUCCUUGUGCCAGAGAGCAGGGAGCAAUUCAAAAUAUUUGUUAGGGCUGCCACAUCCAGCCUCUCCUAGAGGGGCGAGCGUCUUUUUAGACCCCCUUAGUUGCUCAGUGCGAAUUGCUCGCUGCUCUCCUGAGCUUAGAUGCUUUGAUAGGAGUUUCUGUGCCUGGGGCACUGUGCUGCAUGGUCUGAUUAUGGCACUCAGUGCCUGUACACCCAAAUGCCAAGAGCUGAGAAGUACUCUGCAGUCUGGCCUCAGCCUGAAUUUCCAGGAAGUCUGAUAGAAACCAGCCUGUGUAAAAACCAAGGGAUUGCUCCCAAAUUGCUUGAAGUUCUGCAGCAGUAGGGCACUGCUGUAUUCCACAUGUGCAGUUUUGGGUCUUGAAGAUUUUAUCAAAUUAUCAAGUCUUGACUGGGCACAGGAGGUAGGCAGUGCAAAUGUACUUUCUGAGAUCUCCAAAAUAGCUGAUCUACAUCUUGCAGCAGCAGCAUUUUUCUUUGGAGGAGCAGUGCAUUUCAUGUCAGUACCCUAGCUGAAGCCCAUGGGAAUAUUGCUUGAACAAGAGUUAUCAAAUUGGUCCGCCCUUGUUCUGUUUUACCACGGCUAAGAGCUUUCAGGAGAAUCACACUUUAUUGAAAGUGAGAGUUUAAGACCAGAAGGAGAGCUCUAAGCAGUGCUAAGGCACUGUGACCCUAAAUUGCUUUUCAUCUGGACACCCAGAAUAACAAUUUUUCCAAGCGCUGCUAGAAUAUGUCCCUAGAAUAUGAGUGAUUGUGCUGUGUUUUUUGAAAAUGCAAGGAAAGGUGCUCUAUAGUGACUACGCUCUCUUUAAUAGUUGCUCAUUUUAAGUGGUUUUAUUCUGGGCUGCUCCUCAGGUUUCUGCUUGGCUCAGUAAUAACUGCAUUCAUCUCCCAGUUCGAUGGCUCUUUCUUCUCGCUAGCUCUUGAGCUGUGUUAACUUUCAUGCUGCUAAUGAGGAAGCUAAGGUUUAGAAGAGCUAGGCUCCGCUUAGGACUGUUUACUGUAUCUCUUCGCUGCUUUUAACCAUUAAUUUCCCACAGUGGUCUUCCGCUCCCUUCAUUCAGUGUGUGUGCAGGUACUGUGGAGAAGGACUUUUGAGUUCCCAAGUAGUUCAGUUUUAGAUGGGCCAAACAUCUAUUGAAUAAGCAUAAAAGUAAUGAUUUUUAGAAAAUCAUGCAAGCAGGAGGAAGGUGCAGAUGUAAAGGUUUUCACAUAUUCUUUGUACCAUGUAUGUGGCCAGAUAAUCUGUUAUAAGAACAGUAUAAUUUGUCUGAAAUUUAUAAAUUUGGCUCCUACACCCAUGGAAGCCAAACUGGUAUGUACCGUGCACUGUAUAUUCAGGUUUGCAGCGUGGCUGAGGUAUUGCAAACUAUCCGACAGCUCUAAAACGAGCAGGAGUGGGAUGUCUUCGGUCUUUGAGUGAUUUGGAAAAUGCCAGGCUGCAUCUGGGUUGGCAUUCAUAACUUCAUGGAGCGAUAGGCUGAUGGAUCAAAUAAGGGAAGGAGAGGUUUCUAUGGGGCGUUUAAACCCUGAAAUACUGGGUCGAGUUGAUCAAAUCUGUCUAAAACUUGAAGUUGUUUGAUGACAGACAUGUAAAGGUUUGGCUUUUUCUACAGUAACGUUAAUUAAACAUAGCAAAUGAGUGCAUAGCCUUACGUUUUAAAAAAAUUAAAAAGACAUUGAUUGAUUCAUAUGCACAUGUUGGCUGCUAUUAGAAAGGAAAACGCUGUGCAGUGUGUGAGGUUUGACUAAAAUAUGAAUGGGGAUUAUACAAUUUACCCAGUGGAUUUAAUUGUCCCGUAAUGCUAUGACAGCAGGGGUUUCUUAAUUGUUAUUCAUUUCUUAUAUUGGGUCACUUGAAAAUGUGAAUUAGUGUUUGUGGCAAAGAUUUUGCAGGGGGUUUUUUAUGUUUCAUUAGGGAUUUUUUUUUUUUUGACUGUAAGUAUAGAUCAUUGUAAUAAUUUGGCAAGAUAACUGCUACACUUGUAUGAAUCUGUAUCUUGGUAUUUGGUAUCAGUUUGUAUUCAAUAUCAGUAUCACUAUUCUCAGUGUUGUUAAGUGCCAAGCUUUGAGAGUAGCGGAUAUGAUGUGUGUGAGAGAGACUAGGAGGGCAUGAAGGAGGGUAAGGAGAUAGCAGAAGUCACCGUCACGCAAUCGCGUAGGGUUAAAAGCUGUCCCCCACUAAGGUGGACAGGAAUUUCUGUGUGACCUGCUGUGGCUCUAGGACGUGGAUCGCAGAGUCAAGGCUGUGGAGGAGGAGGUGGUGGGCAGGUGACGAAAAUAAAGAAAAAAAAAUUUGCUUCCUUCUGCUGAGUUUUCAGGCUUACUCCUUGGUGCAUGUGUGUGUGAGAGAGAGAGCAAAAGUAUCAACAUACAAUUCAUUCAUUUCUCUGCAGUUAUUACUGAUAAGACGUUGCUUGUAGGCGGUGUAGCAGUAUCUGUCUUGCUCCAUCGCGGAGUUUAAUUUCAGACGGCCUAGGCCAAUUUCAGUGGAGGCAGCAGCCACAGUAACAUCGGAAGAUGAUGUCAAUCUGCUUAUAAUUUUUACAGUUUAUGCUUCCAGACGGAUGAAACGGUAAUAAAUAGAGGAGCAAAUCUGUCUCUGUCCAGAGUUUUGACAAGCAGAAGCAAAGGCUUGCACGCAGAUGCACUGGCUCUGGCUUUUCACUCAGGAUCGCGGUACGUCCCGAGCGGAGCGGCUCCCGCAGGCUGCGAUCCCCGGCCGCUCGGCCGACGAGCCCCCGGGCAGGUCCCCGCAAACCCAGCACUGCGGUGGCCUGCUUAGUAACGACAAGUGGUCUCGCAGGAAGUGUUUGCGGCAGGACUGAGGGGAGAAGAGAGCAGUGCAGAGGAGGAGGUGGAAAGGACUGCAGCGAGGAUCUCCAUGAGACAUUAUGUUCUUGGGUGUUUGGGUUAGGUGUUUUCUGUGGCUAUUUUAAGGGGAUCUCAUCUUCAGGGAUACCUCCUCCCUCUGCCCAUCUGUGAAACAUCUCGUCUCAGGCCACUCAAAAUCCAGGCUCCUAAAGUUAAAUCCCUUUUGGAAGUUUUGGCUUUCUGUUUUCUUAAGCUAGGCCUGCACCUUAUUCCCAACUCCAGUGUUUGGAUGAGCAUUUCACCCUCCCCUCCUGCCCCAGUGACGUGGUCUCCUGGCACUUCAGGAAAUACAUUGCUGAGCUUGUGGGUUAAUUGCUGAUGAGUCCUUGAGGUGUUUGUUUAUUUGGCACAGUCUGACCUAGUAGACCAUCUAGGAGAGCGGGUGGAAAUUGUCUAUCUUCCUGGUGUCUUCCAGCUGCUUUUUCUCAAAUACCUUCUUUAUGCUGCUUUUGUGGUUAGCACAAGGUGAAUGAAGAGUGUUUUGUACUGUCUUAGAUGGCUUAAAAUCCUUCCUGAUGUGCACAGCACAUGCAAACUUUCUUGAGGAUGAGAUUCUUAACUUUGUUUUAUGUCUGUGACACCAUUUGUGCUGGAACAAAUAUUGUUUUGGCACUUAGCUUCAAGUGACACAUGCAGAAGUACUUUAAAGUCGCUGGUUUUUCGAGGUGUGGCAGACGAGGAACGUGUGACUUGCUCUUUUCAAUAAAAGCCUUUUCGUUCAUGGUGACUCACACCGCUGGCUUUCCCCAUGUGAUUUCUUCACUUAUAUCCAGACAGAUUUGUUACGCUCACUUUGUAUUGCUACAUGAAGAAAAUACAAUGAGCAAAUAGGGUUUUUUGUUUUUCCUUUUUUUUUUUUUUUUUUUUUUAUGGGGCACUUUUCCACUUCAGGCUCAGGCCACUUCUCUAGCUUUGCUACGUCUGUAUGUAAAAGCCAAAAAAACCCCCUGUGUUUUCCGUUGCAGAGGUGAUGUGUGGAUUUGUGAUAAAGCUGGGGCUGGUGGUGAGAGCCUGGGCUCUGCGUUGCUUUAUUACAGAGCUGCUAAUGCCUUAGGGAAAGGGUGCGUAUGUGCGUGGUGCCCCGUUUUCCCCAUGGGCAAACGGGGAAGGCUGCGUACCUGUGUGCCUCGCCGAGGCACGGUCACGCCGCGUCCGGGUCUGUGAAGUGCUCCGGGGUCCUUCGAGGGAAGGCUGCUGGGACAGGGCAUAGCAAAUGUCCUGUUUAGUUGGUGGUGCGUCCUCAGCCUUGAGACUGGUGGGAAACAUGGAUCCUGAUUUUUGCUUUAGCAGAUCAGAAUAAUCCUCACCAAUGCGGCAUGGGCGGCGCAUACUGCACAGAUGUAAAACCUCUCCCGGCAGGACAGGUUGGCUCAGCGUUAACGGACUGGUUGGAGGUGGGUGCAGCGUCCCGCAGCCGGGAGCCGGCGGAGA